AUGAGUUACGUUAAUCCCAUCAUUCCAGGGUUCAACCCCGACCCAUCGAUUGUUCGUGUCGAUAAAGACUUUUUCUUGGUCACCUCCACGUUUGAAUACUUCCCUGGGGUUCCCAUCUACCACAGCCAGGAUUUGAUUCAGUGGAAAUUGAUCGGCCAUGCGUUGACACGACCCAGCCAGAUUCAAAUCCAUACCCCAGAACCGGGAGGAGGAGUAUGGGCAACCACGAUUCGUUAUCACGCGGGGGUUUACUACAUCAUGGCAGCGAGCUUCCAGCGUUAUCGUCCUCAGCAGGAUGAUCGAGUUUGGCCCCAGGGAUUCUAUGUCAAAACGACCGAUAUAUGGAAUGACAAGACAUGGUCUGAUCCAAUCUAUUUUGAUCAAGUUGGUUUUGACCAAGAUCUUUUUUGGGAUGAUGACGAAACUGUAUAUUUAUCGUCCACCUACAGAAAGACUCAGCCAACUGCGGGUGCCAAGCUGAAAGACUUUGCGAUUCAUAUAUGCACUGUUGAUCUGGCCACUGGACAUUCGACGUCGACACCUAAAUUGGUCCGGGAAUCUUCCUCUGGUGUGGCCGAGGGUUCACAUAUUUUCAAACGCGGUCGUUAUUGGUAUUUGUUCACAGCAGAAGGCGGCACUGAAAGUGGCCAUAGCGAGUGGGUGAACCGCAGUGAGGUCAGUCCACUGGGACCGUGGGAGCUCGGGCCAAAUAACCCUCUCUGGCGCAAUGGCGUUGAGGACGAAGUGCAGAACACCGGGCAUGCCGAUCUAGUUGAGGACACCAAAGGGCAAUGGUGGGCAGUUGUUCUCGGCGUUCGCCGAGAGACAUUUCUAGUUCCUUUGGAAUGGAAGGACGACUGGCCAGUGAUCAAUGGAGGACAGAAAAUCAGUCUCAACUCCCAUGGACCUGGCCUUUACCAAUUUCAUACCCCGGUAUCUUGGAGAGACGAAUUUUCGGAGCCGGAAAUGCAAGUUGGUUGGUAUCGAAAAAACACGCCCUUCGUCAAUGAUUACUCCCUUACGGAACACCCCAAUCAUCUUCGUCUCCAUGGCGGACCCUAUAACCUGUCAGUUCCCGCCAGUCCAACCAUGUUCCUUCGCAAGCAAACCUACCGCCUCUGUCGUUGGGAAACAAUGCUCUCCUUUCACCCGACGGUAGACGAAACCGAGGCUGGCACUGUGGUCUGGUUAAACUAUUUCACAUACAGCAGCAUCGGUAUCAGAAAGGAUAACAAGGGCCGUUUCAUCCGUUUUCGACCAUCGGAGGGUGAUAUCGUGGACCAUAGAUUGGAUCCAAACACUGCUGUCAUUCUUACAGUUGACUGUGGCGACGAGUAUCGGUUUGGGUAUCGUGAAGACGCAGAAUCUGACGUCCACUGGAUUGGUACAGUUUCGAACAGUGCCGCUACAGCAGCUCCUCCGGUCGGGGCCAACUUUACCGGCAUGAUGCUGGGGUUGUAUGCAUUUGGAGAGCGCCAGCGAUGCCUGGCCCCAGCUGAUUUUGCGUACGCAGAGUUUAGAUAA